UGAAAGGGGGGUUGUAUUUCGAUUACCCCAUUUAUUUCCUUCAAAAACCCUAAUGCUAUAAAGCCGCUCAGAAUCUUUGCUCUCUGUUUUGUAUUCUCUACUUGUUUUCUAAGCGCUCAGAUCUCUCUCGGAAGCUCGAUUCUCUGCCCUUCAAGCAGAUGGCGGCAACACAGGAAGCCAGUUCUUCCCCUACUCCCAGUGCUCAAGUGGUUGGGAAUGCGUUUGUUGGGCAGUACUAUCACAUCCUUCAUCAUUCUCCCCAAUUGGUGCAUCGGUUCUAUCAGGAUACAAGUUUGCUAAGCCGUCCAGAUGUCAAUGGAGUGAUGACAACAGUGAAAAGCAUGCAGGCAAUAAAUGACAAGAUCAUAUCCUUGAAUUAUGGGGACUAUACAGCAGAAAUAAUAACUGCUGAUGCUCAGGAGUCUCAUGAGAAAGGAGUGAUUGUUUUGGUAACAGGAUGCUUAACUGGGAAGGACAACUUGAGGAGAAAAUUUUCCCAAACAUUUUUUCUUGCUCCUCAGGACAAAGGCUAUUAUGUCUUAAAUGAUGUGUUAAGAUAUGUUGAAGAGACUGAAUCUAUUCGAAGUAACUCUUCUUCAGGUGAUGCCAUCAAAGACAAUGCCACACCAGUUACUUCAACACCAGAACCAGAACCAUCUCAUGUUCCUAAUCAUCUCACUGUGGAACCUCCAAUGGCCUUGGAAGAGGAAGAUAUGAACAAUGAUCCUGAAGUUUGUGAUCCUUCCAGUAACGAUGAAGGAUCAGUGAUUGAAGAGGAGCAGGUUGUUGAAGCCCCACAUCCAAUCGAGCAUGAAGUAGUUGUGACAGCCGAUGCUGCUCCUGUUGCUCAAGAAGAUGCUCCAAAAAAGUCGUAUGCAUCAAUUGUUAAGGUGCCAAAGACAGUGUCUGGUCCUGUUUAUGUCCCAACUACUGCUGUAAGAGCAGCACCACCUGCAAAUCCUGACCAUCAGUCAGUUGGCCCGGUUAAACCUGCUCCAGUUCCCGAUGUUUCUGCAGCAAAUGGUGACAAUCUUCCUGAAAGUAGUAACCUUCAUGAGGAAGCCGAAGGUCACUCCAUAUAUGUACGGAACUUGCCUUUUGAUGCUACGGUUGAACAACUUGAAGAAGAGUUCAAGAAAUUUGGGCCAAUUAAGCGUGAUGGUAUCCAAGUUAGGAGUAAUAAGCAAGGAUUUUGUUUUGGGUUUGUUGAGUUUGAGCAGUUGAGCUCUGUGCACGGUGCACUUGAGGCUUCACCAGUAACAAUUGGUGAUCGUCAAGCUGUUGUGGAGGAGAAGAGGACUACCACUCGAGUUAGCGGAAGUGGCAGAGGGAGAUUCUCUACAGGAAGAGGAGGUGGUUUCCGCAAUGAUAGUUUCAGAGCAAGAGGAAAUUAUGGUGGUGGGAGAGGCUACGGGAGAAAUGAGUUCAGAAACCAGGGCGAGUUCUCCGGACGACCCCGGGGUUCGACCGGACGCAACGGGGAAGGUUAUCAGCGGGCUAACCAAAAUGGAGGCGGAAGAGGAGGAGGUCGUCAGGGUGGGGCAAACCGCACUGCCGUUGCUGGUUGAACAGUUGAAAGGAAGAGAUACGUUGACAAUUUUUUGACAGUAAAAUUGAGAAUGAGCUCUACCAUCUUUUUUUUUCUUUUGGAAUUUUAGCCUCUUUGAAUGUGGGCAGUUUGGGGUUUGGGAAAUGGUAGGAUAUUAAUGCGGUAGAAGAAACUGAAGGUACUCCUUCACAAUUAGUCAUUUUACAUUUAUGUGAGAAGAUAGUUUUGAUUUAUAUAUUUUUUUUUACCCCUUAACGGUUCAUAAAGCUGUACGACGUUAAAGCUGUUUUGACGCAAGAUCUUUUUGCUAUUAUUAUUACUAUUAUUUUGGGGGUAA